GAUCCUCACAGUGGACUUCAGACAGGCUCUGGGUCGGUGUUGUUAAAGGUGCCUGACUAUGAGGUCGAUAGAUAACCAUUUGUUGAGGAUGGCAGUGGUAAACUCUUCAUGACUGUCAGCUCAUUCAGUCUACAUGAUACUCUGACCUGGGACGUCAAGAAUCAGCUGGCAACUGGUGUGUUAAUAAAACGACAACCAUGAACAAGGACACUGAAGCGAAUAGACAGGGAGGGAACAGGAAGCAGCGCCUGGAGGAGCUAAACGAGCAUCGGGAGUCCUACUGCCUGGUGGAGAGAAGCAACCGGGUCAGCCUGCUGAGAGUUCAGAAGAGGCACUUCAGUCAGGCCUACCAGUCCUUAGUGUGCAUGCAAGUCAAAGAAUCUGUUCCCGAAAGUACCAGGACCUCCUGGAUGGAACAGGAUCUCUUUGUGCACAAAGAGAAAAGGCACUUUCUGCCAAAAAAUAAUGCCAUCUUUGGAUAAAGUACAUCUCCAAAGACACACAAAUAAACUCUUCCGUCAGUCUUCAG